AUGUGCGGGCUCGGCGUUCGCAUGAGCCCCAAGGCAACGAUUUUCAGUACGAGCGAGGCGGCGUGCGACGUGUACGAUGCGGGCGACGACGCCGGCGAGUGCACGUGGGCGUCGCUGCCGCCCGAGCUGCUGCGCGACGUGAUCGCACGCGUGGAGGCGAGCGACAGCUCGUGGCCCGGCCGGCGCAGCGUCGUUGCGUGCGCGGGUGUCUGCCGCUCUUGGCGGGAGCUUACUCGCGAGCUGCUGCAAUCCCAGGGCUCGUACGAGUCGUCUGGGCAAAUAACCUUUCCCGACGAGUUAAGAACGCCCGGGCCGCGCGACCGCUGCGUGGAGUGCUUCAUUCGCCGCUCGCGCAAGACCGGCACGUUCACGCUGUUUCUGGGCGUGCCGCCGAAUUCGACGGAAAACGGCAAGUUCCUGCUCGCGGCGCGCAAGUGCGGCUGGCGGCCGUCAAGCCCGCGUUUUCUCUCGGCGCGGCGUCGCUGGCGCACGGCGGAAGCAGCAGCAGCAGCAGCCGCAAGCUGCAUCGGCAGCCCCUUCCCCGGAAGCAGCGCGCACAGCUGCGGGGGAGGCGCAGGUGGGAGAAGCAGCGGGGGGAUUGGCGGGGGAAGCGGCGGGGGGAGCGGGGGAAGCGGGGGGAGUAGCGGGCCGGUGGUGUCUGUAGCAUAUGCGCUGAACGUGCUGGGGGUGCGCGGACCUAGGCGCAUUCUCUGCACUCUUCACCAGGUCCCCGCGGGCGCGGCGGUCACUGGCGGAGGGGGAAGCGGGGCGGCAGGCGCGGGGCGAGGCGCGGGAGGGAAGGCGGGGAGAGGAACGGGGGAGGAAGCGGGGGGGGGAAGGGGGGAGGGGAGGUCGUUGGCAAGGGGGGCAAGUGGGGGGAGUGGGCGGGGAUGGGGGGACGCUUCCGCGGUAGCGGAGGCAGCGGGGGAGGCAGCGGCGGAGGGGGCCAGGCGGGCAGCUGCUGCGGCAGCUGAUGUUGCUGGCACCGCCGCCGCUGCUUUAGGCUUAGAUCCCGUUAUAGGCACGUCCGAUAUAGGCACGUUACGAAGCCCGCGUCCUGCCACCCUUCCUCCCGUUACAACCUCUGAUAGAAGCUCCGUUUCAACUCCUCCCGUUACAGUUCCCCCUAGCACCCCUCCCCCUGCUACCCCUUCCCCCGCAACUGCUGCCGUCCUAGCCGCUGGUGCUGCCGCUGCUGCCGCCACCUCCCCGCUCCUCUCCUCCCUCUUCCAUUCCAACCGCUAUAGUCACACUCGCUACAGUAACCACUCGUGCGAUCUCCCAGAGGAACAAAAAUCGGAUGAGCAAGCACCUGGCCAAUCCCAGCCUCCCACGUGUACCUCCUCUUUCACCCCUUCCCCGCUUCCCCGCCCCUCCUGGCCCUCAUCCCCCGCUUCUUCCCCCUCCGCCGCCCACCCUGCUGGCGCAACCUCCGCCCCGCCCCACUUCCCCGCCCCUUCCGCCCUCCACUCCCCCGCUUCCCCCCCUGACGUGCUAAUUGCCCCCACAGGCUCCUCCGCUUCUCCCUCCCCUUCCGCUUCCGCCUCAGCCGCUCCCCCCUGCCCCGCUUCCGCCUUCCCCCCUUGCUCGAAGCUUCCCUCUUCCGCGCUGUCUUCCGCCUCUCCCGCCGCCCGUUCUUGCGCAUACAGGCUCAGUGGGGGGAAGGGGGAGGCGGGGGGGAUUGUGAGUGAGUUUGAGUGGGGAGGGGGGGAGAGAGAGGAGGUGACUGUAGAAGAAGUGACUGAAGGGAGAGUGGGAGGGCGGGAGGAAGAGGGGAAGGGAGAGAGAGGGGAGGGGAAGAGAGUGGAGAGAGGGGAGGUAGAGAGGGAGGAGGGGACGGGAGAGGAGAGGAGGAAGAACGAGACCGAGGAGAGGCAAGAGAAGGAGGAGAGGGAGGAGGAGGAGAGAUUGCUGGUGAGGCUCACUGGGAGUGGAGAAGAGGAGGGGGAGGGCGAGAAGCAAGAAUGCACAGCAGCGGAGGAAGCAAGGGAAGCGAGGGAAGCAAGGUCACCACCCACAAUCUGCACAAGAGAGCCCUUGGUCUCGUUCCCAGAGAGUGGGGAAGAGAUGGGUGCGGGAGAGAGAAUGGGGAGCAGUGGUAAGGAGGAGAGCAAUGAGCAGCAGAGCAUGCGAGAGGAGGGUGUGGAAGCAGGGGGGCAGUGGGAGAAGAAGAGUCAAGAGGAGAGCAGUCCGGAGGAUGGGAGUUUAGAGGAGGGGAAUCAGCAGGAGGAGUGUGGGGAUUGGCCGACAGACGGCGCGUGUGAGCAGCAGGAGAGCAGUGGAGAGGGAAGGAGUGAGCAGGAGGGCAAUCAGGGUUGGUUGCAAGGCAGAGGUUUCCAGUGCUGGUGCUUGAACUUCAGGGGGCGAGUGACAGUGGCUUCAGUGAAGAACUUCCAGCUGAUCGAGGGGGGCGGGCCGGGGAACGACUCUGACAAGCCGUGUUGGUGCCUCAACUUCCGUGGCCGCGUGACAGUAGCAUCAGUGAAGAAUUUUCAGCUGAUAGAGGGGGGCGGGCCGGGGAACGACUCGGACAAGCCGGUGCUGCUGCAGUUCGGGAAGAUUGACAAGGACGCUUUUACUAUGGACUACAGAUAUCCACUCACGGCCUUCCAGAUUGGCAAGGACACGUUCACCAUGGACUACAGAUACCCGCUUACUGCCUUCCAGCUCAUAGAGAGGAGCGGACCGGGGAACGACUCUGAUAAGCCAGUGCUGCUGCAGUGUGGGAAGAUUGGCAAGGACACUUUCACCAUGGAUAACAGAUACCCGCUUACUGACUCCAGGUGGGUAGUGAAGUGCUGUUUCAUGUGGUUAAAAAUCGGUGCUCUGCCAGUGCUGCUGCUGCAGUUUGGCAAGAUCGGCAAUGACACAUUCGCCAUGGACUACGGAUACCCGCUCACGGCCUUCCAGGUGGGUAGUGCUGCGUGUUCAGGGUGA